GGCCGGUCUUGUGGCAGAGUCCGCACAGUUGAUGUGCAGGCCCCGAGUGCGGGGGUGCGCGUGCAGGAGAGGGGAGCAAAAGUGCGGUAGCUGUCCGCAUCCAGCCUGGGCAGAGAAGCCUGAGACUCCGGCCUCCCUCCCCGAGGCCCCUCUCCCUCCCCAGACCAGCUGGCAGAGGAUCCAAGCCCAGAACCAGAGACAUGGAUGCUGGCAGCCAGAGCCCCUUGUCCCAGGAAUUGGUGACCUUCAAGGAUGUGAUGGUGGACUUCACUGAGGAGGAGUGGGAGAUCAUGGAUCCUUCUCAGAAGGAGCUGUACAAGGAGGUCACGCUGGAGAAUGUCCAGAAUCUGCUGUCCCUGGAUGUAGACCCCAACGUUGGAAGGAAUGAGAAGACGAGAAAGCUGGGGUUUUUUGUGGAAGAACGUGACCUGCAAGGAUUCAUGAAGGAUGGUCCCUGUGCCUUGACUUUGAGGGAAAUCCAUGCCUCUAACAUUGAAGUAGAUAACAUAAAGUCUGACUGUGAAUUGGAUGAAAGUAGAAAGAGAUUCAGGCAGUCUUCUUAUCUAAAUCACUAUAACAAAAUGAAUCCAGGGAAGAACUGGCUUCUGGAUAGUGAAUAUCAGAAAUGUUUUCCUGAACAGGUAGAGCUCUUUGAUUCGCAGGAGAAGCCUGCUGAAAUAAUAAUAAAUCCAGAUAAUCAAUGGAAAAUGGCCUUCAGUGAGAGUUCAGACCUCACUAGACAUCAGGAAAAUGAUGAUGAGGAAAUGUUUUGUGUGGAUAGUCAAGGUGGAAAGGCCUUGAGUCAGACAUCUCAGCUCAUUACUCAGCAGGAAAUUCACAUAAGAAAGCAACCUGAUGAAUAUAGUGAAUGUCAAGCAAUGUCAUCCCAUCAUUCAUCUCUUCCUUAUCAAUAUUCAGUUGAUCCUAGAAUGAAAAAACCUUUAUUUGGUGAGUGUGGGGAAGCCUAUAGUUUGAACUCAGACCUUGAUAGAUCUCAGAACUUUCAUCCUGGAGAGUUUUAUAAAUGUAAUGAAGGUGAGAGAGGCUUCACACAGCAAUUCUUUCUAGCUGUACCUGAGAGGUUCCACACUGGCGAGAGACCUUUUGAAAGUAAUCACUGUGGAAAGCCUUUUGCAUCUAGUUCCACUCUUAGUGAGCAUCAGAGAAUCCACACUAGAGAGACUUAUAUAUGUAAUCAAUGUGGAAAAGUUUUCAUAUGUAAUCAUAAGCUUGCAGAACAUCAGAGAGUCCAUGGAGGAGAAAAGCCUUAUAAAUGUAGUUACUGUGAAAAGGCUUUCAAACAGAGUUGUAGUCUUGCUUUACAUCAGAAAAUCCACACUGUAGAAAAACCUUAUAAAUGUAAUCACUGUGGAAAGGCUUUCAUAGCUAAAGACAGUUUUGCUUUACAUGAGAGAAUCCACAAUGGAGAGAAACCUUAUAAAUGUAUUCAGUGUGGAAAGGCUUUCACCCAGGCUGCAGGUCUGUCUUUACAUCAUCGAGUCCACACUGGAGAGAAACCUUAUAAAUGUAAUCAAUGUGGAAAGGCUUUCACACGGGGUGCCAAUCUUGCUGAACAUCAAAGAAUCCACACUGGAGAGAAACCUUAUAAAUGUAAUCAAUGUGGAAAGGCUUUCACAUGGGGUGCCAAUCUUGCUAAACAUCAGAGAAUCCACACAGGCGAAAAGCCUUACAAGUGUAAUCAAUGUGGAAAGACUUUCACAUGGAGUGCCAGUCUUGCUUUACAUCAGAGAACCCACACUGGAGAAAAACCUUAUAAAUGUAACCAAUGUGGAAAGGCUUUCACCCAGGCUUCAAGUCUUUCUUCACAUCAGAGAAUCCAUACUGGAGAGAAACCUUAUAAAUGUAAUCAGUGUGAGAAAGCUUUUUCACUAAAGGGGAAUCUUACAACACAUCAGAGAAUCCACACAGGAGAGAAAACCUCAUAAAUUUAAUCAAUGUGGAAAGACUUUCAUAAAGAGAGUUAUUCUUUUUUUACAUCAGAAACCACAGAGGAGAAAAGUCUUAUAAGUGUAAUCAAUGUGGAAAGUGUUUCACAUGCAAGGGAGAUCUUAGCAAACAUCAAAGAAUCCAUAGGAGAGAAACCAUUUGAAUGUAAUGAAUGUGGAAAGGCUUUUACAUACAGUGCCUAUAUUGCUAGACAAUAGAGAACUUACAUUGGAAAGAAACCUUUUGAAAGUAUUCAAUGUGGAAAGGCUUUUGCACAGAAGUGAAAUCUUGUUGAACUUCAAAAAACCCACACUACAGAGAAACACUUUGAAUGUUGUCAGUGAGGAAAGGAUUUCACACCAAGGUCCUUUCCAGCUGCACAUCAGAGAAUCCCCCUUGGAUAGAAAUCUUAUAAAUGAAAUUAAUGUGGAAAGGCACUGAGGUAUAAAUCCACGAUUGAUAAACAUCAGAGAAUACUCACAAGGAGAAGCAUUGUGAUAAUAAACAUGAAAUGAUUUCACAAAGAAUUCCCACCUGUAUGUAUAUGAGACAAUCCACACUGGAAAGGCUUUCAGCAAAGGCAGGGGCCCACGGCCAAGCUCACUACCAAAUACUUAAUGGCCGCACAAAGAAAACUCUAUUCUACUGGCAGAGAACAUGCAGGAUGGAGUGCCCUUCGGCAUGUCUUUCCUUCCACUGUGGGUACCCUGGACAUCGGUGUGUGAUGGUGGUGAGGGCUGGGAAGAAGGCUCAGUAGGUGAUUAGCCUGAGAGCCAGGGGGCAGUUCUGAGCCUGAAAUAUCUGACUGAACAUGGAGUAGUCACCAACUGGAGGGUCAUGGAGAGCUGGGCCCAUGCUUUCUAUAUUGUAUUCUAUGAGACUACCAAAGAGCUCCCAAGCUGCUCACAGAAGCCCCCUGACCCCAAAGGAAAGAAAGGAUUACACAGAUUAAGUUUGAAACCUUCAGCCCCCUGCCUCAUUCACUAUCAUCCAGCCUAGCUGCGUUCUUGCUUCUGGCCGUACCCCUGGGGUUGUGAUCAACUCUGGGGAUGGUGGGACCCACCCAGUGCCCAUGUUUGAAGCUGACAUCCUUCCAGGAGCCAAACUCUUCCUGGCUUUGACUGGCUGAGAUUUGACAGACUCCUGCAUGAAGAUUUGGACCCAGGACAUUUUCCCUCCUGCAGCUGCUGAAAGCCAGAAAGUGUGACAUUAUGAGCUCAGGGCUCUGGAUCUUGUGGAGGAGCCUGUCUUUGGCACAUACAGCUGCCUCUGGAAAAGAGCACUGAGCUCCCUGAGGGUCUGGUCAUCGGCCUUGGUAGGGCUAGAGCUGGAGCCUAGAAGCUCUCUUCCUGUAGAGUCCACUAAGCUCCUUUCAACUCCACCAAGUAUGAUGUCAGUAUUGGAGUCUUGUCUGUUCAUCCCUAGUGGCCAGGGGUCAUCACCACAUACCCAGGCCUUGCUGGAGGAUAGCAGAAAGAGGUGACUGCCCCAGCCUCCAACCCAGUGAAAAUCAAGCUCAUUUCCCCCCCACCCUGAGCAUUUUGGUUUUUCUCUCAUCUUUUUCCUUUUUCAUCUGGUUUUUUUGUGUGUGCAGCAAAAUAACUAUGGAAAUAUGUAUAGAAGAAUUGCACAUUUAACAUGUAUUGGAUAACUUGCUGAGGGGCUGAGGCAAGGGACGGAAAACUUUUAGAACACAAGGUUUUGUAGAGGUGAAUGCUGAAAAUUAUCCAUACACAUAGUUUGAAAAUAAAAAACCUUAAUAAAAAUAAUCAUUCCAGUUAUUGUAUAAUGCAGUGUGACAGAGGGUUUCUUGCCACUAGGAAGCCUGUCCUUGAUAAAAAGCAGUUAAGAUCAGUCCAGAUGUUGGAGAUUAGGGUGGAGUCAAGGAACUACAGGUAUUGUUGGUAUAUCUAAAAAAAAAAUUACCUUUGUUUCUUCUGCCCUCAUCUGUGUAAUUGUCUAAAUUGUCUCCUGCUUCCAACAAGGAUGGACAGGAAAAUGUUAGAGACUUCCCUGGAAUAUUAUGCGAUUGAUUCCAGUAAUUGGGGAACUGGAGGAGAGUUGCCUGUUUCCUGAUUUAAGACCAGUUCAAAUAACAGUGUGCACAUUAAAGAGACUUCAAGAAAAUGAAUUUCAGACACCUGCUUUCUGCAGUAGUUUAGUGUUUAAAUUGUCAUUUCUCAGUGGUUUUUUGAAGCCACUUGGUGACUCUGAAUUGGUAAUCCUCAACCCUUUUCCUUUAGGAGACUGGUUUAGAGGAAAAUAUAACCCAUGGAGCAAUUAUCAUGGUAUUCAAAUAAUCUUGCUACCCUUAGUGGUCCACGUCAUAAAGUAUUAAAUUUCCAAGUCUCAUCAACUAAGUAGAGGAAACUGAAAAAGGACGGCUCACACUCACAUGACCUCUAUGAGCAUCAGAAUGAGCAAUCUGUAAGAGCCUCAAGAAAGACGAAAAAGAAUUUCCAUUUGAACUGACAAUCAUGUUGGGAAAAUAAAAACUGGAAAAAUAUCUUACUAUGAAAUGCUUCUCCCUAUGGAAUCAAGGAGAAGAGCUGUAUUCUCCCAUUAAGGUUUGAGAAUCUGUGGAGGCAAAAGAGGGAGGGUGAUGUGAAAUUCCUGCUAACCAGAAGUGUCCCCAGAGGUAUGUUAAAAAAAUUCUAGAAAGAGUUUGUGAAAAGCCAGCAAACCCUGGGUAUUCUGGGGAGAGGAAGGGAAAACAUUCCCAGUCAUCACUGAGAGAGAGCAAAGAAAAACAAGAUCCUAGGUAAUUUCCUGAAAAGCUGAAGUUGUCUUAUUUAGAUGAAACAUGAAGAAUAUUCUUAAGAGAUAGUAAUCACUGGGAAGAGAAUUGAAAUAUUGAAAAUGUAUUCUUUUGAGCUCCCUAUCACAACUUUUCCCACCUGGUGAUUUUUCUCAUUGGGAGUGUGGCGACAGAAUUAUACUGACCCCAGCCUCCAUUCAAGCUCAACCAGUUUUUCCUUAAAAGUUCUUCCUUGACCAUUCUCAAGACUUUAUUGAUUCCCUGUAUAGAGCUUGUUCAUACAUGGCUGUUUUUGUCAUUGUCUUCUUCGGUAGACUAUGUUGGUAAUGGAUAGACUUUGGCUUUCUCCAUAGUGCUUAGCACUGUGUCUGGCACAUAAUAGUGCUUAAUAGAUGUAUAUUAAUUGAUUGAUCAACUUGCAAAGGAAAAAAGGGGGUAUUAUUCACAGUCUGGUCUGCUUUGAUUGCUUCCAGCCUACUGAAGAAGAGCUCUCAUUUUAUUGAAGCCCAAGAUGACACUAGGUAUGAUGUGUCAUGACCAAAACAACUUCUGUAUUUUCUUUAAGAUUGCUUUCACUUGCUAAUAAUGGCUCCUAUUCCUCAUGUUCCUGUUUCAUUAUACAUAAAUGAGUGACUAUGAUAGAGUUAUGUACUAUUUUAUUAACUGGGGCUGGAGGUAGAACUAAUUUGCAAGACCAACAUUGUGAGAUUAUUUAUGAGGAAUAAAUUAACGGAAAUGGUCCCUAGAACUCAGGGUCAUUGGCAUUCAACAGUUAACAGAAUGAGCAAAGAGGCAGACAGAAUGGCCAUAUCUGUAAAUCCCUGCAUAUUUUUCCAUCUAUUUUUCCAACCUGCUACUAUGUACUUGGCCAAUGUACUUGGUGUUUGAUACUCUCCCAUUUCUAGCACAUUCUGAUAUGAUUCCUCUUUUCAGAAGCUCUAUUACUUUGAACUAAUGUUCUUUCAUUUUUUCAUCAUUUUGGUUUCUUAAAUCAUGAUUUAUAUCUUAUCUAUAAUGCAUAUUUGACUUUUAGCUUUCUUAUUGAACUUCUGAACAAUAUGAGUGUUCCUAGAUUAUAAUUAUAAAUAAUAUUUAUUAUAAACCGUGAGAGCUUGCCUUAUAACAUUGUCUGACUCUCAAGACCUGGAACGGUGCUGGGCACAGAGCAGCCAUUUUCUAAUGCUUAUUGAUAUGACCUAAGGAAUGGUAAAUGGGAAGGAUUCAUAGAGGCCUGGGAAGACUGAGGCAGAGUUGGUACCUAAGAGCAGAAGGGCAGUUUACGCUCUGAGGACAGCCAUCAGGGCUCUGCUCCAGCCCAGUGCAGACAAGACUCACAUGAAGGGGUUUUCUUCAACUUUCAAUUGCUAUAGAGGAGAGCUUGGCUACAAGAAAUGCAGGAGGGAGAAUAGGAAUUUAGGGGUGGGAGGAACCUUCAAGAAGAGACAAAGACAUGUCCAUGAACAGGGACUAAUGAGUUUGGAGGUUUUCCCUUUCACUUGUAAUGAGGGAUGUGUGAGACUUAUGGACCACAAAACAGACUUUCAGAGUGAAAAAAAGGAAAACGAGUUUUAUUAUGGUCUAAGAAAGGGCAUCUGCCAUCUGACCAGGUGUUUGUCAGUAAAAAAAAAAAAAAAAAAGUGCUAAUAAUAAGUAAAAACUGUAAAACACAAGAAUAAAUAACCCAAACACAGAAGGCCCCAUCCCCGCUUGACCUUUUCUCCAAUUGUUUUGUGGAGUCUAUACUUACAUUCAGAUCACAGAAAUCUAACCCAGAAAAAAAAAAGAGUACAAGUCAAUAAUAAUAAACUCUUAAAUUAAAUUUUCCUAGAGACCUGUUAUACAAGCAGAUAUCCUCCUAAAAAAGAAUUCAAAGCCGCCAUCACCUUUACAAGAAGUACUUAAAUGCUAAUUAAGCGUUGGUGGGAAACAAGAGAGGACAAACAGCUACAACUUUUUUUUUUUAGCUAUAGCUUUAUUAUAAAAUCACAAUUAAAGUGUAGUUGGAAGCUAUA